AUGCCAGAAGAGCCCAAUAUGCAACAAUCCAUAAUUUCACAAGUAGAAAUCCAAUCCUCUCUAACUUCUCAAAAUAGUGAUUUGGUUGAAAUGGAUCAAGAUGAAGAAACUUUUGAUUCUGAAAUACAUCGAAUCUGUGAGCAAAAAAUUGCAGCUAUAAGAUGUAUAGCCAUCUAUCUAGAACAAGAGCUUCUAGCAAAUAACCUAAACCAUGUUACUCAGGUAGUUGAUAAUAUGGAUAAGUUAUUUAGUAUGCUGAGUGAUAUUGAAUUAGCACAAAAUAGGAAAAGGCGUGAUUCCACAUGGC